AGGAGGGGGUGAUCUCCCAUUCCCGCCUGCUGCAGGGCUGCCAUGGAGCUCAUGCAGGGCAGCGUGACUACUGGCGAAGGGGCCCUGGCAGGCUGGCGGUUGGGGAGGUGUUCAGACAUCUGGGCCAAGUUGCCCGGCCCUCGCUGGCUCAGCUGAUCUGCGGGCCACAGUUAAGGGGAUAAGUCUCCAUGAGGUGAAUGGAAAAGGGAAGGGCUGCCUCCUGUGCUGGCCACACCCACCCCUUCACUAGGGCAUAUUUUUGGGGUAGGGCUUAUAUUAGGCCCACCUAAAAAAUAAGGCUAGGCUUAUUUUCGGGGUAGGUCGUAUUUUUGGGGAAACACAAUACAUCGAUGUGUGUGUGUGUACACCCAUACCCAUACAUGCAGAUGCAUAUACAUAUGCUACACACACACAGAUCAUUUAGAAUAUAUAGCAGAAAAAGUCUUGGGAGUUAAAUUUUACAUUGUAAAUUAAAAGCUUAAUUGUCAAGUUUUUAUAUUGUAAGCAUGACUUAGACUUUAUUUUCAGAUCAUAUUUGUCUAAUACACUUCAUCUUAAUAAGUAUUCCUUUAUGAGAAAAUGUGUACAUUCUUUAAGGCAGAGUUCUCAAAGGAUGUGUUUCAUCUCUAGAUCAUGAGACAGGAAAUGGGGGGGGUGGUCACUAGUGAGUGCUGUCUUUGCUUCUUUACAAUAAGAGUAGACUUAUUGUAUUAGGUUGAUGCUAAGGAAUGGGACAGUUCCAGGUUCUGUACUGUGUUUGCCUUUCAAAAGCAGAGUCAUACCUGAAGAUGUGAGAUUUCCAUGGAAAGCUCUGACCCUCAGAUGUGAUUCUCGUUUUCAAGAUGACAUGGAGUGGAAGGGAAAUAAGGUGCAAUUAUCUCAUUGUGGGUAUGCUUGAAGACAAGGCAACCCUAGUUCCCAAUAUUUUGCAAAUAAGCAGUUUAAGAGAACCUAAUUUAAAGCAAUAGAGCAUUGUGCACAUAUACAAUGCACACAGUUGCAUGCAUAUAUGCAUGUAAAUUCAUAUGUAAACAGUGUGGGAAAGGUAUCACCAGGUAUUUAAUUUUUAUUCUUUUACAGUUUGAUCUCAUAAUUACUCUCUCAAAUUUCUAUUAAUAGCAGUAGCACUUAGAUUUACAUACCGCUUCACAGUGCUUUACAGCCCUCUCUAAGUGGUUUUACAGAGUCAGGAUAUUGCCCCCAACAAUCGGGGUCCUCAUUUUACCCACCUCAGAAGGAUGGAAGGCUGAGUCAACCUUGAGCCUGGUGAGAUUUGAACUGCCAAAUUGCAAUCAGCCGCACUCAGCAGAAAUAGCUUGCAAUAUUGCAUUCUAACCACUGGACCACCACAGCUCUUCCUGUUUCAUUUGUAACAGCAAGUUUGCAACAAAACAAACUGCUCAUUUUUGCUGAUUUAAAGAAAAUGUUGUGACUUGAAGAAUAUAAAUUCUUGGAUCCUGUUUAUUUUGAUAGUAACUAAUAGGCUGUAAUUACAGGAUUCAGGUUAAAAUGCUAACCUAAGCUUAAAAUCCAUGGGUUUUCUUCUGUAUUUAUGACCCUGCCACAUGGCUAAAUAGCUGUAUUUAGUUGUGACCCCAAGGCUGUCACAGAUCAUAAUUGUCAGUUGGAGUUGAACUGCUCAACUUGCAGAUUCAUUUUCUUUUUAGACUUCAAGAAAGCUGUAUUCAUUGUUUCAUAAAGAAAGAAAGAGUCUAUAGAUAGGAAUAAACAUUUAAAAAUUCCAGUUUAGUAGAUAUUAGGUUAGCAGGCUAUACCGGUAGUCCUUGCUCACUGGUUGUAAUUGGGACUGGGAAUUCCAUCACUAGGUGACACAGUCAUAAAGUGCAAUGUCACAUGACUACAUGUGCUUAAGAUGACAGUACCAGCUGGUAUUGUUAGGUGAAUCCUGAGUGGUUGUACUCUUUUGUGGUCAUAAAUCACCAUUUGCAACCUCCUGUUGGCUUCCCUAUUGACUUUACCUGAGGGUGGAGAGACAAGUGUGGCUUUUGCUGGGGAUUCCCUCUCCCACCUCCCUGAGGCGCCUGGUCCUUCUUACCUCCCCACUCAGAGACUGAAAUCCUUUGACAAGCAGCUCUUUCACCCAACAUCCAGACCGAAGUGGGAGUUCUCUUCGCAAAUAUCAUCAUUUGCAAAUCUUACUGCAUUGAAUUUGUGGCUGAGCAUAUUGAAAUAGUGAUUGCAUAGUCACAGUGUGCUUGGCAACAGAUCAUAAAUGCGAAAGGGUUGCCAAGCACCCAAAUUAUGACUAUCGCAUGACUAUGAACAUGUGUGCAAUCUUUAUGAUGGCCAGAAGUAAAGCAUCCUUUCUGAGUCCGUCAUUAAUUCAAAGCAUCAUUAAGUGAAUGGUAUUAAGUCAAGGAUUAUAUAGUAGCUUGCCCUCCUAGUGCUCGUGGGGAUGUAGUUUUCUCUUGGUAGUACCUUGUUUAUUGCUAAUAAUAAUACUGCUGGAGAGGAUAUGUUCUGAUGUUCCCUCACCCCUUAACUUUUUGUUGUCUCUUGAAUGAUGUGUAAUGUGGUUUAUUUCUAUGUAUCUAUUAGUGACUGAUUUGUCUGAAUGCCAAACUUCUGGGAAAUAUUUAACUUUUUGGGAUUUGGCAUAGUCUAGAAGGCUCACAGUUUUCUGGCUGAAAAUAUGAUUGAGUGUAUCCAUGUAUUGGGAAAUUAAGGCGUUUUCAUUAUGUCUUCUGACUGCUAGCUGGUGUUCAUGCAUGUGCUGUGCUAGUUUUCUGCCUGUUUCCCUAUAUAGUGGCUGUUGCAUUCUUUACACUGUAUGUUUAGAUGACACUUAUUUUUUAUUUUUGGAUUACUGGGCUUUUCGGUUUACUUAUUAUGAUUUAGCAUAUGAUGAGAACAUGACUUGAUUUGUAUGCUAUGGUGAUGCCAUGUUUCUAUAAUAGUCUGUUGGUUAUUUUUGGUGUAUGGUAAUGUCAUCCUUUUCAUUGUGUUGGUUGUACUGUAGUGGGUUGAGUGGUCAAGUCCUUUUUGAUAAAAUUGCAUGGCUAUUCAUGUUGUUGGAAGAUGUUAUAUAAGCUGUUUCCUUUUUCUGGUGUUCCUGCAGUGUGUUUGUGUUCUUUUGAAUAGUAUUCUUACACAGCUGUUCUCGUGGGAGGUUGGGUUGUUACUUUAGUGAUGGACCAAUUGGUUAGUAUGGCUUGUUCUUUGUAGAUAAAUUGUGUUUCUAAUUUGCUGUUGUUUCCUCUAAUGAUGAGGACAUCCAGAAAAGGAAGUGGUGUUGUUUUCUUCCCAUGUGAAUGUUAUUCCUUUAAUGAUGUUGAAUGCUUCAUGAGUCUUUUCUAGUUUCUUUUUUUAUUAUGACAAAGGUGUCAUUUGCAUACAGGAUCCAUACUUUUGGUUGUAUGUGUGGAAGUGCUAUAGUUUUGAGACGCUGCAUUAUAGUCUCUGCUGUGAGUCUUGAGAGUGGGGAUCCCAUGAGAGUUUCUCUGAUUGUUGGUAUAUCUGUCUAUAAAACUGAAAGUAGGUGAUAAGGCAGAUUAUGGUCCAUAAUUCUGAAUACAGGUAGUCCCUGACUUACAACCACAAGUGAGGCCAAAUUUCUGUUGCUGAGACAUUUGUUAAGUGAGUUUGCCCCAUUUUAAAUCCUUUCUUGCUUAAAUGAAUCACUGCAAUUGUUAAAUUAGUAACCCAGUUGUUAAGUAAAUCUGGCUUCUCCAUUGACUUUGCUUGUUAGAAGGUUGCAAAAAGUAAUCACACAACCCCAAGAUACUGUAACUGUCAUAAAUAUGAAUGGGUUGCAAGCAUUUGCAUUUUGAUCACAUGAUCAUGGAGAUGCUCUAACAGUCAUAUGUAUGAAAAACAAUCAUAAGUCUCUUUUUUCAGUGCUCUUGAAACUUCCAAUAGUCACAAAAGCCAAGCACUUAUUUCUGGGUUCAAAAAAAUAUAAGAGUCUUAUUUUUGGUGUAUGUUGUAUGGUGUAUGGAUAUGGUCUAUCUAUGUUGCACCAUACCCCUUGCACACCAUCCUGGACCCGCACGUUGCCUCUCACACACACUCUAAAUCGGUUUCUUUUCUUUUCCCCCAGUUAAGGAGAAGGAAGUAGACUUUCAAGUAACCUACUCAAAUUUGGAGUUGUUUCAUUCAGAUAAAUUUCCAGAGCUUUUUUGAUACAUGUAAAUCUUAUAUUUUAUUACUAAUGUUCAUGUAAUAUAACAUUUAUGUAAUGUUAUGCACAGUUUAGUUUGUCAGAUUUUUUAAAAAUUACCAAUUUAUCUUUUUGUUCAGGAGUCUUAAAGAUCUUGAAUUAAGUGACAAGGUGUUUAAUAAUCACUAUAUUAUUACAACCUUCUGAUUUGGAAGAACCAUUGACCAGCUGUAUGUUUGGAAGAGACACACAAUGUUCCAACAUUCUGUAGAAUGUUCAAUUCCCACAAUGGAAGUUUUGCAUAAAUCAACUGACUACAGAGUUAACAAUUGUGGUGUGCCAACAGAAAAUGGCCAUAUUGUGUUUGCACAUUUCAAAAAACUGCUUGACUGACAGUGCUUAUUCUCAAUCUGCAAAGAACCUCUCACAUAGAAACAGUAUUGAUAAGCCUUAAGUAGUUUUGAAAGGGAAACAGAAAAUGAAAUAUUGGGGAUUAUACAGGUAAUACUUGUGUAAGGAUCAUUCAAAAAAUUACAAAGGCACUGAAUGAAUGGUACUUACAAGUUAGCACACUUACGGUCACUAGAUCAAAAUUUGGGCACCUGGUAGCUGGCCUGCAUGUCCUUCAACUCUCCCACCUGCGUAUGCCCCCCCCCCAUCUCUGCCCUUUUGGCCAUCCUGCUGUCUACUGGCGUUGCCUAUCCUUGCUGCCCCUCACUGAUCUUUGCGCCACUGGCAACAGAAGGAAGACGAUGGCAAAAGUCAGCGGAGGGAGAGUGGCAUGGGCACACACAGAUACUUUAGAUGGGGGAGAUGAAGAGAUAAAGAUGAGACAGGUGGAAGGGCAGAAGAAGUGUAAGUUCCUUGCUUAAUGGCACAGUCCUCAAUGACUACAAUCACGAUUACCAGAACUGUUAUUGCUAAGUGACGCGGUUAUAUGAUGUUUCACCUACCAACCAUUUUGCUUGGGGAUGGAAAUUCCAAUGCCAAUUGAGGUUGUUAAGUGAGGUUGUGUAAUUCAUGCAGUUUUCUCCGCUUUCUUUUUAAAGCAAAAGUGGAGUCUAAAGUAUCUGUUCAACAAUGUUACAAAUAAUGUGUGCAUAUUCUUAGGUAAAGAAUAAAGAAUGUAAAGGGACGCGGUGGCUCAGGGGCUAGGACGUUGAGCUUGUCAAUUGAAAGGUCUGCAGCUCAGUGGUUCGAAUCCCUAAUGCUGCCGUGUAACCGGGUGAGCUCCCGUUACUUGUACCAGCUUCUGCCAACCUAGCAGUUUUGAAAGCAUGUAAAAAUGCAAGUAGAAAAAACAGGGACCACCUUUGGUGGGAAGGGAACAGCGUUCCGUGCGCCUUUGGCGUUGAGUCAUGCCGGCCACAUGACCACGGAGACGUCUCCGGACAUUGCUGGCUUUUCGGCUUUGAAACGAAGAUGAGCACCGCUCCCUAGAGUCGGCAACAACUAACACUUGGGUUUGAAGACUAUGGACCAGAUUGUGAGAGCAUGAGGAUAACUGCUUUCCUGGACAUUCCAGGGCAGGAUAACUUAACUCCACUUGGACGUUUAGAAAAAUAUGCUUUUAGCGAUAAUAUAUUUAACAGACAAAUAAUUGCCAGGGGUUUACUUGAUGUCUUUCGAGAUUUCAAUCAUAAUGAGGAAGAUUUCUUGACAGUUAUGUCAAUAGUGGUCCGGCUAUCUGAAGAUACAGAACCUACUGUACGGACAGAAUUAAUGGAACAGAUACCACCCAUUGCCAUUUUUCUACAGGAGAGUAGGCCAAACUUUCCUGCAGCAUUUUCUGAAUACCUUAUGCCUAUAGUGGUGAGAUACCUCACAGAUCCAAAUAAUCAGGUUAGAAAAGCAAGCCAGGAUUCACUGCUAAUAUUACUGGAUCAACAACUUAUUGCUCAACAUGAUAUUGAAAAUAAGGUGUGUCCAAUUCUGUUGGAACUUUCUGCUCCAGAAAGUGAUGAUGAAUACAAGGUGGAGGCAGUCAAUAUAAUCUGCAAAAUGGCAUCUAUGGUGAACAAAUCUACCCUUGAGCGCUUGCUGCUUCCUCGGUUCUGUGAGCUUUGCAGUGAUGGAAAACUCUUUCAAGUCCGGAAGGUCUGUGCAGCCAGCUUUGGUGAUAUAUGCAGUGCAGUUGGGCAAGAAGCCACAGAAAAUAAUUUGAUUCCAAAGUUUUUUGAGCUCUGCUCUGAUAACAUUUGGGGUAUGCGGAAAGCUUGUGCUGAAUGCUUUAUGGCUGUCUCCUGUACCGUUUCUCCUGAGGUUCGGAGGACCAAACUGUCUCCCCUCUUCAUCGGUCUCAUUAGUGAUCCUUGCAGAUGGGUUCGUCAAGCUGCUUUCCAGUCACUUGGUCCUUUCAUUUCUACUUUUGCAAACCCUUCCAGUGCUGGUCUUUACAUUCGAGAGGAUGGGACGCUCAGCAUCCGGCCUUGUAGUCCAUGCCCAGACCACAGUGCAAAUUUAAAGCUAUCAAGAUCAGAGAACUCAAUGGAAAAUAAAUUGGAAUCUCUGGCAGUGGAAUCUUCUUUUACCCCUGUGGUUUGUUCUGAAAUGUCACACUUGGAUGCACAGAAUCAAUGUUCAGCCAUACGCAUCAAUUUUGGAGUAGAUCAGACUAUAUUACCUCAGGGAGAGGAGAUUUUUUUAACUAACGAUAUCAAAAACUGUCAAACCAGCGAAUAUCAGGAAAUUAGCUCAAGAAUCCAGUCUGGACAGGAUGUGUUUAAUACUUUCUUAUACUGGCGACCUCCUCUUCCUGAUAUAAGCCAAGAUAUAGAGCUUCUUCAGGGCAAGACAGAGAUACAUGAGAGCACCUCGGUAUCACAGGCACUUUAUAAUAACUGCGUUGCCAGCAGUGAAAUUAAAAAAGUUCUGCAAAGUUUACAGGAGCACAUGGAUGACCCCGAUGUUCAAGCUCAGGUUCAAGUACUGUCUGCUGCACUCAGAGCUGCCCAUCUUGAUUCUGUCAGUGGCUGUGACAGCAAGCAGAAUGUGGAAGUUAAUGACACCUAUCAAGAAGAUAUCCCAAAUUUGGUCUGUACUUCCAGAACAGCAGAUGUGAAUAUCUUAUCUUCAUUGCCAAGUCUGGCUGAUGUGAUUGAGCUACCUGAUCCAACUAUAAUAAAAAAUGCGAAGUCAGAAGAACAACACAAUGAUGUCAACAAAGCUUUAGAGGCACAAGAGAAUGAUCCACAUCUUGAAGAUAAAUCAAAAUUGCAGGACAUUAUACCUCAGCCUUUGUUGGAGCAGUAUUUAUCUAUGACAGACCCUGCUCGAGCACAGACAGUUGAUACUGAAAUUGCGAAACACUGUGCAUACAGUCUUCCUGGUGUGGCUUUAACACUUGGCAGGCAAAAUUGGCAUUGUUUGAAGGACACCUAUGAAACUUUAGCAUCCGAUGUACAGUGGAAAGUCCGGCGCACGCUUGCUUUUUCCAUUCACGAGUUGGCUGUAAUUCUGGGAGAUCAGCUAACAGCAGCCGAUUUAGUGCCUAUUUUCAAUGGUUUCUUAAAGGAUCUGGAUGAAGUACGCAUUGGAAUCCUCAAACAUCUUUAUGAUUUCUUAAAGUUGCUUCAUGCUGAAAAAAGACGUGAAUACCUUUAUCAGCUUCAAGAAUUUGUGGUAACUGACAAUAGCAGGAAUUGGAGAUUUCGUUACGAACUUGCAGAGCAGCUCAUUUUGAUACUUGAACUCUAUAAUCCCAACGAUGUGUACGACCACUUAAGACAUAUUGCACUAACACUCUGUGCAGAUAAAGUUUCUGAAGUCCGGUGGAUCUCCUUCAAACUGGCUGUAGCAAUACUGCAGAAGUUCUACGCGUACAAUGUGACCUCUCUGGGAUUAAAUUUCAUUAAUGAGUUGAUUAUGAGAUUCCGCCAUUGUUCCAAGUGGGUUGGUCGGCAAGCAUUUGCUUUCAUCUGCCAGGCAGUAGUUGAAGAAGAAUGCAUGCCUGUGGACCAGUUUGUUGAACACCUGUUGCCCAGCCUUCUAAGCCUGGCUUCUGAUCCUGUGCCAAAUGUACGGGUUUUGCUUGCCAAAGCAUUGAGGCAGACAUUAUUGGAGAAAGCAUAUUUUAGAAUUGUUGGGAACCCUCAUCUGGAUGCUGUGGAAGAGACUGUUUUGGUUCUCCAAGCAGAUAGGGAUCAAGACGUUUCGUUUUUUGCCACCAUCAAACCAAAACUCAGUAACAUGCAUAUCACGUUACUUGAAAAACAAAAUUAAUAUUUUUUGUGCAUGUAGUCUAUGAAAUUACUAUUCAGCUAACAAGUUCCUGCUAUGACUACUAACCAACAUGGUGGAAGAGGACUCUUAUCAAGGAAAUAAUGCAAUUCGCAAGAAAAGGCCAUGUUCUUUAUUCUUUUUAUUAAAGUGAGAAACAUGUUUGUCUUUUUAUGUUCUGUACAUACCGCCUUGAUAUGGAAUAUUUGUUUUUUAAAUUUUUUAAUAUAAUUAUGUUCUUUCAUGAAUACGAGGAGUAAUGCUUAUCUCUAUCAAACAUUCAGCUAUGCUAUAUGUUCAUAUGGUUAUGCGAGCUUGUGCAUAUUUGCAACUUAAACAUCAUUCCACAAAGUAAGAAUAUGCCUUUCACGCUGACUCAAGUUACAGUGACAAAGCAAGACAAUGCUUGGUUUGACUAAAAUUAAGGGUGUUGUUGGUGAACCUAAAAUACGUAGGCUUCUUUAAAGCAUGAAAAUGUGCUCUUUGUUAAAGAGUUCAGAAAACAAAUCUGUAACUUGGAAAAAGAUAAAGUAAAAGUACAGAUUAAUGUUCUCUCUGAUGUGAUGGCAGACAGUUUCAUGAACGUUAGCAGAGUGUGGGAAAUUAAAUGAACUAUUCUUUGUCCUUCCUAUUUACCUCUAUCUUUGGCUGGUGCUGGUAUGUCUUCUGAUGAAAACUGCUGUUUUCAAACAGCUACAUCUGAAGAAUUUCAGAUAUUACAUAUUUUCUAGGGUAUAUUUCAUAGGAGACGGUGUGAUGCUUGGGCCUAUAAACUGCAGGAAUAGGAUUGACGUGUUUUGGGGAGUUUCUCAACAUUUGCUCAGUAGAAGGAAAUUAGAAUUUUCCCUUAGGAGAAAGAAGCUAGGGAUAUGAGUUAGCAUAAGUUUGAAGUUCCAAGAAUUGAGUGUGUAUACUGGGAAUAUUCUUUUUCCCCCAAGAUCGAUAGAAAAUUCAGUAUGAAGUAUUUUAUCUAGCGACCUGUAUAGCCCUUGGAUUUUGCAGAGCUCCCUUAAUUGCAUAUUCCAUGAUCAGCUAUUUCAUCAGCUCCCAAUCAGCUAAGAUUGGGAGACCUUUUGAAAGAGCUUUCCGCUUAGGGUGGGAGGAUCUCCACUUAGAGAGCAAAUGCCCUGAUCUCUCUAUGUGCAUACGGAGUCAUAUUACUUAGACCAGAGAUCUUCAAACUUGGCAGCUUUAAGACUUGUGGACUUCAACUCCCAGAGAAUUCUGGGAGUUGAAGUCCACAAGUCUUAAAGCUGCCAAGGUUGGGGACCCCUGACUUAGACCAACCUUGAUCCCUGAGUUUCUUGCUGAAGCUAUGAAUAGAAUAAAAUAAUAGUUUUUAAUUGCUUUGCACAUGAUAAAAAAUAUAUAUAAAUCAGGGAAAAAAAAGAAAGGGAAAGAGAUAAAUCAAUGUUCAUCUUGAUUUUACGUAGUUAAAAUACAAUAAUACAUGCAAGAGAUUUGGAAAAACAGUGAAACUCAGUCUAUGAAGUGUUUCCCAGCCUUGGCAACUUUCAGAUAUGUGGACUAGCUGAGUUGAAGUCCACAUAUUUAAAGCUACCAAGGUUGAAUAACUGCGGUCUGGUGAGAGCUGCUGGACAUAGCCUUCCCAGCUUAAAGAUUAUAAUGUGAGUCCCCUAGCUCUAGAUACAUUCGAACAUUUAACUUGUACAAAUAAUUUACUAUAUGUAUGUAAGAACUAACCCGCCCAAAACAACCCCCUCUUACAGCAUGAUUUGUUUGGCAGAACAAAAAUGUAUAUGACAUAGGCACCUCCUAGGAAUCAUUCACGGAAAUAAAUGAUCAUUGCUUGAGCUAAUGGUUUUUUAGUUACGGAACAAUAUUCUUAAGAUGUUUUUAAAUUGUGUAUUGAUACAGACAUAAGGUUUUUAAUCCCAAAAAUCUAUAAGAAGGAUUUUAAUUUUGGGAUAAACAUAGUGGAAUCACUUUAGAAAAUAUGUAAAAUAUGCUUUGUUGCAAGCCUGAUUAUUUAGCUAAUAUCUUAAAUGUCCUUGUUACAAAUAAGUAGUUGUCCUGUGUAUUGUCUGUGUCUUUUUUAAAAAAAAAACAACGACAAUGAUUUAAUUUAUUAGAAUUGUUUAACACAUUUUGGACACAAUGCUAUGGAAGAUUGUGUUCCAGGUUGCGAAACAGUUUUUAGAUUUUAUAAUAAUCUUAUUUACUUUGCAAGUUUCUAAAAUGUUUU